ACAUCUCCUGGAGACAUGGUGUGGCAUUCGGCCUCCCUUAAACGUGGAGCUGAGCUUUGCCAGCAGAAAUGUUUGAAAGUUUUCCUGGGAAGCGUCUUCCCUUUGCUUGAAACAUUCGAAUACAAGCAAAGUUUUGCAGCUACUGGAAAUCUGAAAUUAAAAGAAUAACAAAACGCCAGAGAAACUGAGUAGCAUCUAUGGAGAUAAAAGACGUAGUUAAAUAUUUUGAGUCCAAUGUGACUUUUGAAAGAGUCCCAAAGAGUCAGAUCAGACUUGCAACAUUAACUGUUCAUUCUUUCCACAGAUGCUGCCAGACCCACUGGGUUUCCCCUCCAUCACAUUUUGUUUGCAUCGUUUGAAAUACUGUCUCCGUUUAUACAAAGUAUCUUUCAAUAAAGGCAAUUCGGGGAAAAAAAAAAUCAACCGAAUGAGACAGUCAUUGUGAAAAGUCGUUUUCCUGCCUCAUCAGGCAGUUGGGAGCACGUCAUCAUUCAUUUCAAAUUGUAGAUUUUAAACCUUCCCUCAUUUCAUGAUUCUGGUAAUAAUCGACUGGGCAAUGCCCCCAGGUCCUGCUUCUGAAAUUUGGAAGAUGCUGAUGUUUGGGUAAAUGGGAACUACUGUGACUUUGUGGCUCUCACUCACAAAGCUUGUUUCAGCUGCACCCAGAGCACGUUAUGGGCCGCCUUCACGCAGCUUACGUAUUGGAUUCUUCCUGCUCCCACAUUACAGCCUCUGUUCACACACACAGAUAGAUAGACACAGAGAUGGCGAGUUUCUUCAAGAUUUUGCCUCCCUCGGUUCGGAGCUGCUCCUGGUGGAGAAACCCCACCGUCCGUACUCUCCAGCGAAGAGCCUAUGCCAUAAAACGAAUCAAAGCAGAUAAUCCAGUGGUAGAAAUGGAUGGAGAUGAAAUGACCAGAGUGAUGUGGAGCUUCAUUAAAGAAAAGCUUAUUCUAACUAAUGUUAGUGUGGAAUUGAAAUAUUUUGAUCUUGGUCUGCCAAAUCGAGAUAAAACAGCUGACCGGGUGACCAUUGAGUCUGCAUUGGCAACACAAAAAUAUGGAGUCGCAGUGAAAUGUGCCACCAUUACACCAGAUGAAGCUCGAGUGGAAGAAUUUGGACUGAAAAAGAUGUGGAAAAGCCCAAAUGGAACUAUCCGAAAUAUCUUAGGUGGCACAGUUUUUCGAGAUCCAAUUAUUUGCAAAAACAUCCCACGACUUGUCCCCGGCUGGGUGAAGCCAAUCACAAUAGGCCGGCAUGCAUAUGGAGAUCAGUAUCGAGCCAUAGAUUUUGUCAUGGACCAGCCGGGUAACUUUAAACUUGUCUUCGUGCCCAGUGAUGGGAGCAAAUCCCUGGAAUGGAAUGUGUUUGAUUUCCCUGGUGGAGGGGUAGGAAUGGGAAUGUUCAAUACAGAUGAGUCUAUUACAGGAUUUGCACACAGCUGCUUCCAGUAUGCCCUAAGUAAGAAAUGGCCCCUUUAUAUGAGCACCAAAAACACUAUUAUGAAGGCUUAUGAUGGACGGUUUAAGGACAUAUUCCAGGAUAUUUUUGAGCUACAUUACAAAGCAGCUUUUGAUAAGCUAGGCAUCUGGUAUGAGCAUCGGUUAAUCGAUGAUAUGGUGGCUCAGAUGCUGAAGUCCUCCGGAGGAUUUGUCUGGGCUUGUAAGAACUAUGACGGAGAUGUUCAAUCUGACAUUCUGGCACAAGGUUUUGGUUCUCUUGGACUGAUGACAUCAGUGUUGAUUUGUCCAGAUGGGAAAACAAUCGAAGCUGAGGCAGCUCAUGGAACAGUCACUCGCCAUUUCAGAGAGCACCAGAAGGGCAAAGCAACUAGCACAAAUCCAAUUGCCAGUAUCUUUGCCUGGACGCGAGGGCUGGAGCACAGAGCGAAACUCGAUGGCAAUCAGCAACUUAAACAGUUUACUGAUAUCCUGGAGCAGGUGUGUGUAGAAACUGUGGAAAGUGGUGUCAUGACAAAGGACUUGGCAGCUUGUAUUCAUGGGCUGCAGAAUAUAAAACCAGGGCAGCAUUAUGUGUACACUGAAGAAUUUCUUGAUGUCAUCAAGGAAAACUUGGACAAGAAGUUAAGUCAUUGAAAAUGACCAAGAACACCGAAGAGCCUUCAGGAUUCAUUCCAAGAUGAAUGUUACCCAAUAUUGUUCUGUGAUGCAGAUUUAAGAUACUGAGACACUGGAUUAUUCUGCAAUAGGAUUCUUUCUGUUACAUGUUUAUUUAAACAUGGGUCUUACUUCAAAUGAAAAAAAAGUCAUUUUCAGUUGCUCAUAAUUCCUUCCUUUGUGGCAACAAUUUUCACUGCAGAAUAACCAAUGGUUUCAUAGUGUCAGUGCUUGUUAUCUGUAACACAGAAGUGAGCCUAUUGCAACUUCUCUUUAUAUCAAUAGAAACUUUUCAGUACCCAUUGAAACUUUGUACUUUGUUCAUUUUAAAUUUAAAAAAAUCUGUGUUUUUGAAAUGAAAGUACUUAAACUGUAGUACAGUUCAGAUCAGCUGGAAUUACAGACUACAGUAACUGUGUAAAUGAGUGAGAAGCUGGUGGUAUAUAGCCCACCUAUACUUAAAAUGGUAGCCUCGAUAAUGAGAAUUGUAAAAUACUGACAAUUAAUUUUAAAUGUCAUUGACUGUGUGUGUGUGUGUGUGUGUGUGUGUGUGUGUGUGUGUCUGUCUGUCUGUCGACAUUAAAAUAAAAUGGUUUCAUGGCUAUUAUGCUCCCAUCUGUAACUCCUUAUCAUCAUUCAUCACCUACACAAAGCAUCCGAGAGAGAAAAAAAACUAGGAGCAGUUGUAGGCCAUUCAGCCCUUCGAACCUGCUCCAGUAUUCAAUAUCAUUAUGGCUGAUCAUCCAGCUCUACACCCUGUUCCCGCUUUCCCCAUACCCCUGUAAUUUCUUUAGCCUGUAUUUUUAACUUGAAAACAUUCAAUGGUUUGGCCUCAGCUGCUUUCUGUGGUUUCUCUAGUUGAACUGAACUAGAGUAAUAGUUAAUAUUAAACUACACCUAAAACAUUAUGAUCGAUUAUAGAAAAUUAAUGGUUGCAGGGCAGUGAUAUUGAGUGAAACUGAUCGUCACUGCUGAAGUGGAAGGAUGAUAAUUAGAUAUGGAAUUUUCUGCAAUCUGUAGCAGGUUUUGCUGAAGUCCUUUCUCCAAAACAUUGCCACAGCAUCUUGUCUCUGGAUAUGGCAGGCAGUUGGUGGAGUCAAAGGAAGGGUUUCCAAUUAAAAGGAUCAUGAAAUGUUUAAAAGGCUUAACGGGUGAUGGAUGUUUGAGGUUGCAGCAAACGUGAGGGUGGAAAGGGUGAAAUAACUCUACAGAGGCUGGUGUCCCGUCACCAAGUCACCCUUUAUUUACACAUGCAUAGUAUGUGACACUGCUCUCGCUUCCUCAGAGUCGAAAAGUGUGGUGCUGGAAAAGCA